GGCAAAGGGUGGCUCUCUUUUCCUCCCUGGCUGUGUGAGGGUCUACCGCCAUCAUGAACGACACAGUAACCAUCCGGACCCGGAAGUUCAUGACUAACCGACUACUGCAGAGGAAGCAGAUGGUCAUUGACGUGCUCCACCCUGGCAAGGCGACGGUGCCGAAGACAGAGAUUCGGGAAAAACUGGCCAAAAUGUACAAGACGACUCCUGACGUCAUCUUUGUGUUUGGAUUCAGAACUCAUUUUGGUGGUGGCAAGACAACAGGCUUUGGCAUGAUUUACGAUUCCUUGGAUUAUGCUAAGAAAAAUGAACCCAAACACAGACUUGCAAGACAUGGUCUGUAUGAGAAGAAAAAGACUUCAAGAAAGCAGCGAAAGGAGCGUAAGAACAGGAUGAAGAAGGUCAGGGGAACUGCCAAGGCCAACGUUGGUGCUGGCAAAAAGCCGAAGGAGUAAAGAUUUUGCAGUGAAUUUAUCUACAGUGAUUGUGCGAAUUUUUCAUGGGAAUUAGUAAACUGUAAAAACUUAAAAAAAAAAAAAAAGAAA